UUAUUGGCUGAGAAUGAGCGCCAAGAAUCGAAUAUAAAACAACCUCUGGCGUUUAACCUUCGUUUUCUUUCUUUCAGCUGGGCUUCACCUGUUAGAUCUUUAAGCUUACGCUUUCCAUUUUAUUUAUUUUGCUGACUUUGUUUUAGAAGUUGUUCAUCUUUUUAACUUAUCCUCAUUUUCUGUUUGACCUAACACUUUAAGCUUUAACAAUGCAGUCAACUCGCUCUCCACUGAAAACUAAGAACGAAAACACAAUUUCUGCCAAAAUCAACAACAUGUCCUUGGUGGACAAAGAAAACACGCCGCCCAGCCUGAGCUCCAGCAGGAUCCUGGCGUCCAAAACGGCGCGCAAAAUCUUUGAUUCAGAGGAGCAGACAAAAGCUAAGAAAGGAGCUGUGGAGGAGGAGCCCCUUCUGAAGGAGAACCCCCACCGCUUUGUCAUUUUCCCAAUUCAGUACCAUGACAUCUGGCAGAUGUACAAGAAGGCAGAGGCCUCUUUCUGGACUGCAGAGGAGGUUGACCUGUCCAAAGAUCUUCAGCACUGGGACUCCCUGAAAGACGAGGAGAGAUACUUCAUCUCUCAUGUUUUGGCUUUUUUCGCUGCGAGUGAUGGCAUCGUCAAUGAGAACUUGGUGGAGCGAUUUACUCAGGAAGUCCAAGUGACUGAAGCCCGUUGCUUCUACGGUUUCCAGAUUGCCAUGGAAAACAUCCACUCUGAAAUGUACAGUCUGUUGAUUGACACCUACAUAAAAGAUCCCAAAGAGAGAGAAUUUCUCUUCAAUGCCAUUGAGACCAUGCCUUGCGUAAAGAAGAAGGCCGACUGGGCGCUCAACUGGAUUGGUGACAAAAAUGCACAAUACGGGGAGAGAGUGGUGGCUUUCGCUGCUGUGGAAGGAAUCUUCUUUUCUGGGUCUUUUGCUUCUAUUUUCUGGCUAAAGAAGAGAGGACUCAUGCCGGGACUCACCUUCUCCAAUGAACUUAUCAGCAGAGAUGAGGGUCUACACUGUGACUUUGCCUGCCUCAUGUUCAAGCACUUGGUCAACAAACCUUCGGAGGCAACCGUAAAGAAAAUCAUCAUGAAUGCAGUUGAGAUUGAACAGGAAUUCCUGACUGAUGCUCUGCCAGUAAAGCUUAUUGGCAUGAAUUGUGACCUGAUGAAGCAAUACAUUGAGUUUGUGGCUGAUAGACUUCUGCUGGAGCUGGGAUUUGACAAGGUCUAUAAAGUGGAAAAUCCUUUUGACUUCAUGGAGAACAUUUCCUUGGAGGGGAAGACCAACUUCUUUGAGAAGCGAGUCGGCGAGUACCAGCGGAUGGGAGUCAUGUCCGGACCCACCGAUAACACUUUCAGGCUGGAUGCUGAUUUUUAGAGUUUUCUUACGAGUGCAUGAAUGGAAGCAAACUAUGAACUGUUUGGACUCUGAGGAGAUUCGACCUCACUUAUUUCUACAGUUUGUUUAAUUCAUUUUUUUUUUUUUUUUUUUUUUUUUUUACUUUCACUUUGGUUUUAAUCUAGUAUUAAAAUUGUCUUUUUAUUUUUGUUGUUUUAAAUAAUAAUAAAAAGAAACUCUGCUGCUUUUUCUUUGCUUUGCCUUUUGGGCAUGGUAAAGAACUGAAA